GUAACCCCGCCUACUAAGCGUACGUCACGUGCACGUGCUGAAAAGGGCGUGUGCGUGCAGUACAAGGGCGACUGGAACGCACGUCGGAGCGGCUGAUAGUCGGUUUGGGGGCAAACGUCUUACAGGAGUUUUUUUCCGUAGGGGUAGACGGUGAAGAACGUGUUUUAGAAACUUACCGACUCUUUUAAACAGCCAUGAAGCUUUUGUGGGCUCUCUCAGCCCUGCUGUUGAGCUGCUGGCAAGCCGAUGCGACCACAGGCCCAGAGAUUGUUACUGGUCCUGAGAUCACUAACCAAACAGCAGCUACUCUGACAUGUAACCUAACUGGCUCCAGCCUUCCCAUCAAAGGUUCUCACUGGACACAUAAUGGCAAAGUCAUUGAGGACUCGAAGUCUGUUGCUACUGCUGCAGCCAUCUCUUACCGUUUGGACAAGAUUGACCACCACUCCAGUGGAAUAUAUGAGUGUGUGUUUGAGACCGAUCCAGAAGUGAAGCAGACGAUAGAGGUCAAAAUCCUUCCACAUGUUGUUGCCUAUAAGCACUCUGAGCAUGGCAAUGAGAUGGACAAAGGUGUGCUCACCUGUGUGGCUCAUGGAUACCCCUUGCCCACUGAUUGGUCCUGGUUCAAAGAAGUGGAUGGAGCUCUGAAGCCUAUUACAAAUGGUACUGGUGACAGAUACGAGAUCAAGAGCACCCCCAACAAAACCACGUUGUCUAUUAAUGAGCUGAGCAUCGAAAAUGACAUUGGGGAUUACAAAUGCUCUGGAACCAAUGAAAUUGGCACCAAGGAAGACUCGAUCCAUCUUCGUGUUCGCAGUCGCCUGGCUGCUCUCUGGCCUUUCCUUGGCAUUGUGGCAGAGGUCAUCAUCCUUGUGACCAUUAUCUUCAUCUACGAGAAGAAGAGAAAGCCUGAUGAGAUCACAGACGAUGAUGACUCAGGAUCUGCUCCACUGAAAAGCAAUUCCACUUCAAACAACAAGGACAAGAAUGUGAGGCAAAGGAAUUCCAACUAAAAGCUGAAGAUGGAGAUGUAGUUUGCACUCCAGGGAUCAGCUGUUGUGGCACAUCAUAGUGUGCACCCUGCAAUUUUAAGUUCCUCUCUGUGCUUGGGUGUUAAUGUUGUAGGAAGGUGAUUUCCUCCUGUUCUUUCUAAAUCCUUAUGAGAAUGCUAUUCUAGCCAAGUUUCUUGUUAAAUUCAUUGGAAUGUUAAUCUGAAUGCUUAGAUUGUGGUGUUUUUUUUUUUGUUUUGUUUUUUUGCCAAUGCUUCCUGCACAAGCCUUCAGUUGUUUUACAUCUGGAAUGGCCAAAAGAAAGCUAAAGGGUUCCAGGACCUGAUCCUGUUGCAUCACUGCAUUCUCACAGUAGGGCCGGCUCGGCCUCCCUCCGUUCUCACUGGGGAGGAGUGGACUGCUUUUAAUCAGUUGGUCAUAAUGCCAUUACAAAUCUUAUGAGGAAGAAUUUUACUCUUGGAAAAGCUGUUUUCGUCUUUUUUCGGUUUUUUUUUUAUCCCAAUGGAAUUAUUAGACUUGAUACUUUAAUAUAGAAGUGACUAGCGUUAAGCUUCUGCUGGGUUUAGCUUUCUGUAACGAGUGGUUUUCGGUCAGGACAUUUUUAUAUUUUGCCAAUUUACCAGGCAGCAUUUUAAACACAUUUUGAUCAAUAUUUCUGUUGAAUUCAGUCUCAUAACAAAUUCCUUUGGUUCAAGUGCAACAGAUGCAACUUUAAUGGUGUGCAUGUCAAAAAUUACUGAGGGAAUUAAACCCAUUGUGAUUUUAAACACUUGUGUCCAACAUGUUUAACUGCUGUCUUUGUUCUGUGUAGGUAAUUCAAAAGCCAUAUUCUAUUUAACCUGAGUAGUGUUGUGAUUGAACGUUACUUAUUAGAGUUGCAGAAAAGUAAACACCUGGCCAGAAUUGUGUAAACUGUUGUACCUUCCAUAAACUAGGAAUGCCAUCACGUACAACCUGCACAAACUGAAAUAAAGAUUGUUAAAUUAAAA